AUGUCGACCACCACCGAGCAGCCACGACGUCCUCUCCAAUACUCGGGUUCCCUAGAUGGUUACCAAUCCUUUGACCUCACCCCGGUCAUUGGGAGGGAGUUUCCCACUCUACAGCUGAGUUCGCUGCUUGGGGACGAUCGCAAGAUCCGGGACUUGGCCAUUUUAGUGUCUCAACGGGGGGUUCUGUUCUUCAGGAAUCAGGACUUACAGCUGAACGACCAGAAGGUCCUGGGCCAGAAGCUGGGAGAGCUCACCGGCAAGCCGAAAACCUCCAAGCUUCACCGCCACGCCCUGGUAGACAAGAAAUCGCAAUCACCCAUCGAUGGAGAGAAGAAAGCCGACGAGGAGGUCAUGGUGAUUUCUUCCGCCAGUGCCAAAAACUCCCAUGAGGCGCACAAGUCCAGCUUGAAGCCUUUGGCCAGCACAUUAUGGCAUGCCGACAUCACGUUCGAGCAUGUUCCUUCAGACUAUGCCAUCCUGAAGAUGGUCGUCCUCCCAGAGUCUGGAGGGGAUACCAUCUGGGCGUCCGGGUACGAAGCAUAUGAUCGGCUGUCUCCGGCCUGGAAACGCUUCGCCGAGUCGUUGACGGCCACUCACCGCAAUGUACGUCUCAUGGAACGAAAGGCGAUGUGCAUCGACUAA